ACAACAAUGCUAGUCAAAGCGGAAGUUGCUACCUUGCAAGAUAGUAGCUGAAACGUUCGUGCUUGGAGCCAACUUUAAAUAUAUCAUAUUUUCAAUCUCCGAAAUGCAACAGCCACAGGACAACUUUGUUUGAUAGUCAUAAAGGAUCCUUAGCCAAAACUGACGAGAUAAAGCUAGCUAGCUACCUCAUUUUCCACGUGGAAAAAAAGGGAGGACAGGGACUUGCUAGCUACGUUAGCUUGCUAGCUAGCUGUCUUUUCUACGAGGAAUUUGCAGGACAACAUGAGUGGAGAGAAGGAAGCAUUGAUGGAAGAAAUCGAACAGAGUUUACACCCUCUAACGGAGGAUCAUUUACGACACCUGUGUGACCGUUGUGGAAUAGAUGGCUCCCAAGUUAAAGGAAAGAACCAUCGCUCGUUGCGACGUAAAAUCAUGGAGGAAAUGUGGGAAAACGCAGAUUCUUUGAAAUCGGAGGAGCAGGGAAUGUCUUGGUUACUCCGACUGAAAGAUGACAUCAGAAAAAUACAGGAAGAAUCUAGUGUGGCACCCAUGAGUCCCAGCCAGUCUGAUGAUGAUGAUGAUGAUGAUGGAGCUACAGACUGCGACGAAGAAUGGAACGUGGAGGACAACGAUGGAGAUUCAGAUUCGUUGUCAUCAAGUAGGAACAAUGGGGACAACCCUAAUGGUCGCUCGCUCAGUGGGAGGGUCUUAUCAUCUGGGAAGGCUCCAGGGUUGAAAGUGAUCCAGCGACCUUAUAGCUGUGAUGUAUGUGAGAAAAGUUUCCCACAUUUAGGAGACCUAAAGAGACACCAGAGAAUACACACAGGAGAGAAACCAUAUGGCUGUGAUCAAUGUGGGAAGAGUUUUCGUCAGCCAGGGCAACUGACGAAACACAAGCUAACACACACUGGAGAGAAAUCUUAUCGCUGUGAUCAAUGUGGGAAGAGUUUUGCUCGAGCUGAUACCAGGACUGAACACAAGCGAACACACACAGGAAGGAAAUCUUAUGUCUGUGAUCAAUGUGGGAAGGGUUUCACUACCUUAGGAGCACUGACUAUACACCAGAGAAUACACACAGGAGAGAAACCAUAUGUCUGCGCUGUAUGUGAAAAGAGUUUUCGUCAGUCAGGACAACUGACUAUACACAAGCGAACACACACGGGAGAGAAACCAUAUAACUGUGAUCAAUGUGAGAAGAGUUUUGCCGAAGCUGGUUCCCUGACUGAACACAGACGAACACAUACAGGAGAGAAACCAUAUGUCUGUGAUCAAUGUGGGAAGAGUUUCACUACCUUAGGAACACUGACUAUACACCAGAGAAUUCACACAGGAGAGAAACCUUUUGUUUGUGCUAUAUGUGGAAAGAGUUUCCGUCAAACGGUACAACUGACAAGGCACAAGAGAACACACGCGGGAGAGAAAUCUUACAGAAGCUUUGAUCAAUGAGGGGAUUCGAUCAUCUCUGGGUUGCACACAAACUCACAGUUGAAGAUGCAUCAGCGAACACACACUGGAGAGAGACAUUACAGAUGUGUGGUCUGCUGUGAGUUUUUAGUUUAUUAGGAUCCCCAUUAGCUACAGGAUUUUGGAUCCCCAUUCUUCACGGUUUUGGUACCGUGAUGAAACUCAGUGGUGUGUCUGGUGGGGUAUCUGCAGUCUAUUCGGGAAAGUAUUCAGACCCCGGGGGAGAAGGACCUUGGUCAGGGCGGUGACCAAGAACGCAAUGGUCACCCUGACAGAGCUCCACAGUUCCUCUGUGGAGAUGGUAGAACCUUCUAGAAGGACAACCAUCUCUGCAGCACUCCACCAAUCAGGCCUUUAUGGUAGAGUGUCCAGACAGAAGCCACUCCUCAGUAAAAGGCACAUGACAGCCCGCUUAGAGUUUGCCAAAAGGCACUUGAAGGACUCUUAGACUAUGAGAAAUCAGCAUCAUGCUGUGGGGAUGUUUUUCAGCAGCAGGGACUGGGAGACUAGUCAGGUUCGAGGGAAAGAUGAACAGAGAGAUCCUUGAUGAUAACCUGCUCAGGACCUCAGACUGGGGCGAUGGUUCACCUUCCAACAGGACAAAUACCCUAAGCAUACAGCCAAGAAGUGGCUUCGGGACAAGUCUCUGAAUGUCCUUGAGUGGCCCAGCCAGAGACAGGACUUGAACCCGAUCUAACAUCCCUGGAGAGACCUGAAAAUUGCUGUGCAGCGUCACACCCCAUCCAACCUGACAGAGCUUGAGAGGAUCUGCAGAUAAGAAUGGGGGAAACUCUCCAAAUACAGGUUAGCGUCAUACCCAAGAAAACCCAAGGCUGUAAUCACUGCCAAAGGUGCUUCAACAAAGUACUGAUUAAAGGGUCUGAAUACUUAUGUAAAUGUGAUGUCAGUUUUUUAAAUUUUAUUUGUAUAAAUUUGCAACAAUUUUGGAAAAAAAAGAUUUGGGGUUUUUCUUUGUUUGUCAUUAUGGGGUAUUGUGAUGUCAUUAUGGGGUAUUGUGAUGUCAUUACGGGGUAUUGUGAUGUCAUUGUGGGGUAUUGUGUGUAGAUUGAUGAUGGAAAACAAUUUAAUCCAUUAUAGAAUAAGGCUGUAACGUAACAGAAUGUGGAAUAAAUCAAGGGGUCUGAAUACUUUCUGAAGGCACUCUGUCUGUUCUGAAGUGUAUACAAAUACAAUAUACAAGCGGUUAGGUAUUUUCAACACACAAAUAUUUCUUAAGAGAAGACGUAGUCCAUUUCUCUUCAACCGUAAAAGACUAUCAUCCAUGUUGUUGAUGUUAGUUAUAUGUGUGUAGUUAAAGGGCAAGGCGUGCUGUUUUGUUUUGAGACAGCUUUGCUAGGUCUUUCUUUUCUGCACCUGACCAUAUUACCAGACAGUCAUCAAGAUGGACAAGACCAGAGUCUGGACAACUAGUACAGUUGAUCUUUGUGUCAGAAACACAGAACAUAUUUUUUUUAUAACAGACAAUACCCCUCCCCAUCUUCACAACAACCUAGUCUAACAGUUGACCAUGAUAACUUCUCCCCAUCUAAACAACAACUUAGUCAAUAUGACGAGACCAUGAUAACUACACCUCAUCUAAACAACAACUUAGUCAAUAUGACGAGACCAUGAUAACUACACCUCAUCUAAACAACAACUUAGUCAAUAUGACGAGACCAUGAUAACUACACCUCAUCUAAACAACAACUUAGUCAAUAUGACGAGACCAUGAUAACUACACCUCAUCUAAAUAACAACUUAGUCAAUAUGACGAGACCAUGAUAACUACACCUCAUCUAAACAACAACUUAGUCAAUAUGACGAGACCAUGAUAACUACACCUCAUCUAAACAACAACUUAGUCAAUAUGACGAGACCAUGAUAACUACACCUCAUCUAAACAACAACUUAGUCAAUAUGACGAGACCAUGAUAACUACACCUCAUCUAAACAACAACUUAGUCAAUAUGACGAGACCAUGAUAACUACACCUCAUCUAAACAACAACUUAGUCAAUAUGACGAGACCAUGAUAACUACACCUCAUCUAAACAACAACUUAGUCAAUAUGACGAGACCAUGAUAACUACACCUCAUCUAAACAACAACUUAGUCAAUAUGACGAGACCAUGAUAACUACACCUCAUCUAAACAACAACUUAGUCAAUAUGACGAGACCAUGAUAACUACACCUCAUCUAAACAACAACUUAGUCAAUAUGACCUGACCAUGAUAUUCACACCCCAUCUUCACAUGCAAAACCCCAGGUGAGGUUUAGGUGCUUUUAGAUGUAUUUAAGUCCAGUUUAUUCUGUAAGUCCUUUUGCUACGAGUCUCCGUGAGCUCCCAUGGCUGUAGAUACUGAUGUGUAGAGUCUGCAGUCAUCAGCAUACAUAGUAAUUUUAGCUUCUUGUAAGACAAAUGGCAAAUAAUUUGUAAAAAUAGAGAAGAGUAAGGUGUGUUGGUUUGAUGACAUGUUGAGGGUUUCACACUCUGUGGGGUAAUAUUUACUUUACCACCUACUGUUAGUGCUUUCAUCUUAAGAUGGCUGAGAGACCGUCACUUUAAAAACGGGCUCGUAUUGUCAAUUAAAAUGUUAUAAUGUAGAAUGUUUUGCCAAUGUUAUAGGUAGAGUUUUCAUGUUGGAAUUCAAUGUUAUAUGUAGAGUUUUCAUGUAAUUCAAUGUAAUUCAAAUUGAACGCAUAUGUGCUUGUAGUUAAUACAUGCCAAUGUAUUUAGGUUUUUAAUGAGAAUAAAUACGAAGCUCCAAUGAA